UUAGCACAAGGCUGUGAAUUCUUUGACUCUUUCUCGACAACACCUCUAUAUAUUUGUCCCUACCAUGGUGGCUUUCUAUCAUCGAAUUCCAAUUCCAACAACCACUUUAGCCUCACACAGUCAGUAACUAUUAGUAAAGCCACGCUUAGUUGACUUUAUACGAGAACAAUGGAGUUUGAUAUCCAAAUUGUAUCCACAGACAUCAUCAAACCCUCUUCACCAACCCCUGAUCACCUCCGCCAUUACACACUAUCUUUCAUUGAUCAAAUUAUGCCUCAAAUUUUCAUGCCCUUUGUUCUCUUUUAUCCUCAUGAUGCCAGUGCUAAUCUGAGCAAUGAAGAACUCCAUGACCAGCUUAAGAAAUCCUUAUCGGAGGUCUUAACACUAUUCUACCCACUAGCAGGACGGGUUAAGGAAAAGCUUUACGUUGAUUGCAACAAUGAAGGCGUUCACUAUGUGGAAGCCAAGGCCGAAUGCAAACUUUCCGAAUUCCUUGACGAUCUAAUCCCAGAUGAGCUCGAUAAGUUCCUUCCAUUUGAACUAGAUGCUGUCAAUGGACUAGCUAUAGCGGUCCAAGUUACACUCUUCAAUUGUGGUGGAAUGGUGGUCGGUCUGGUCUUCGAUCACAAGGUUAUGGACGCUUGCUCUUUCUUUUUUUUCCUCAAAAGUUGGGCUGCUACUGCUCAUGGUAGUAGCAGCAACAUAGCGACUCCUCGAUUCGAAUCUGUAAGGUUCUUCCCUCCCGAAAACAAAACUUACGCUUAUCCAAGUGCAGGAAAGGAAAAGAUUGUGGUAAAGAGAUUUGUGUUUGAUGCACCUGCAAUAGCGGAUCUUAGAGCCAAAUACAGCGCAAACAAGAAGAACAUUGAAAACCCACGCCCCACUCGCAUGGAGGCCUUAUCAACUUUCAUAUGGAGUCGCUUCCUUGCUGCAACUCAACAAGAAAAAGACCCCAAUAAGGUUUACGCAGCACUUCUUAUGGCAAACUUACGUACAAGAUUGGAUCCGCCUCUUUCAGAAUAUUAUUUUGGAAACAUUAGCGCAAACACAGUUGCUGUAUUCCCCUGGGACACUGAGGUUGGAUUUGAUGGCAUUGUUGUUCCAGUAAGAGAUGCCAUAAAGCAAGUUAACAUGAACUAUGUUAAAAUACUAAAAGAAAAUGGUGGCCAAACGACUUUUUCUCUGGAGAACUAUGAAAAAUUUAUUAGAGGAGAGGUGGUCUACUUGGCCUUCACCAGUUUGUGCAGGUUCCCUGUAUAUGAAGCAGAUUUUGGGUGGGGAGAGCCAGUAUGGGUAGGCUCGGCCAAAUUAUAUUACAAAAACCUAGUUACAUUCUUAGACACCAAGUCUGGGAAUGGAAUAGAGGCAUGGAUAAACUUGGAUGAGGAAGACAUGGCUAAAUUUGAAAUCGACAAGGAGCUUCUGGCAUAUGUUUCAUCGGCAUGAAAGUUUUUGCAUGACUGGUGGUUGAAAAUCAUAGACUAGCAAAAAAUUUCUUACUUUCGUAUUUGUGAAGUUGUGUGUGUGUUUUUUUUAAAUGUUUAUGGUGUGCAUGUAAAAAAUUUCGUGUAAUGAUGUGAAUGUAAAAAAAAAAAAAAAAAAGAUAAAUUAUAUUCUGUUGUUUUAAUCAA